GUUAUCGAAGUGAAUCAGGAAAAUAAAUAACUUUUCAUAUAGAUUUAAGUACCAUUUUCGGGUUGUGGAUAGUCUUGUUUAGACAAAUCUACACUUUUAAUUUAAAAAAAAAAUAUCAUUUUGAAAUUAGAACUAAACCAUGAAACUUGUAUACGCCCUGUUUAUACUGUCUGGUACCUUCACUUUAAGUGAGCAAUCAAUUCUAGAGGAUAUGGAGCCUGGGACAGCUUUGUCCAGGUUUGACUACGACUAUGAAAUGUUAAAGAAAAUGGUGGACUUGGAAACUCAGUUGGCUAACCUUCAGAAGAGAUUUGACGAGUUUGAAGCAAAGAAAGGUGUGGAUAUGACAACGGAUUGUCCCGAUGGUUGGUUGGCAUAUAAGGGAUCAUGUUAUUUGUUUGGACCAAACAGUCUCGCCUUUGAAGCGGCUAAGGAAUACUGUAUUCGGAAUGCUGUGUACUUGGUUCGCGUGGAAAAUGCCCGAGAAGAUGUCUUCCUUAAAACGUUUAUGGACCAGCAUCUUAAUGACGCCGAUUACUGGCUUGGUAUAAAUGAUGAUGAAACUGAAGGUGUGUGGAAGUUUACAGACGAUGGAACAGGCGAUGGUACAGACGAUGGUUCAGAAGUUCCGUAUUUAGGAUGGGGCGGUACUGAGCCACAGGACGCUGGAAAAGGCGAAGAUUGUGCCGCAUUUGGUCAAUCUCUUCAGUACAAGUGGAAAGAUGUACCAUGUUCUUCGCUCAGAAGACCGUUAUGCGAGAAAAGGCAGCCUACAUCUUAAAGAAGAGCUUCGCCGUCUACACUCAUGGACAUAUUACGAUAAUAAGCAAAAACAUUACCUUUAAAGACUGACUGAAACAGUUACAGAUCUAAAUCAACAUGUGUCUUGUAUAUAUUGAACAGAGCAUGUGCAAUCAUUUCUCAGUGACUCUUCCCUCUAAACACUUUGCCCUAGCGCGAAGUGUGUGCAUUACACGGUAUCUCCACAAAAAAAACAACGUUAGGGCGAAGUGUUUGAGAAAAAUACUUAGAACAGAUAGCAGACGCUUUGUGCGGACAGCACCCAUUUUGUUGUCUUCGACGCACUUAUCUUAUGAAAUCCGCCAAAUGAGAAAUGAUUUAAGAGCAAUAAUUACACUUGAUAUUGAGUCAAGAAAUACC